AUGGCUGGCGGACGAAUAGUGCAGUACGGACGCCGCACCAAGCGCGCGCUCGAGGCUGGCUCCCUGAAACGCCCUGACGAUACCGCCCAACGCGCGGCCAGCCCAGCUCAGGACGAGCACCCUGCACCGGCCCCGGCACCCGCAUCGUCAAAACAAUUGAGGCGACUGCGAGACGAGAAUGUCAUCUCUGCGGCGUCGAGCACGUUCUCCGCCUCGGAUUCGCCACAACCCAAGCCCGCUCGGCGCGCGCGCAAGAAGAUGAUCGUCUCGUCUCCCUCCACGUCCCCUGUCAUGUCGUCGAAGAUACGCCGCGUUAACCCGCCUGUCAAACCUAUCCAGCGUCCUACAACCGAGCGUGCGGUCGAGCGGGUCGUUCUGGCGCCUGCAUCCGGCAACGUGCCAAGGAAGGCGGCUACUACUACGGGGAAGUCAUUCAAGCGCCUUGCGGACGCGAAGUCGAGAGCUGUGAAGCCUACGGAGGAUAUUGAAUCCAUCCUUCUCGCUGUUGCACGCCCUAUUCGCCCUGUGGUUGGAGACGCUGGGGCUCCCACGACACCUGCGCGUCCCAUGAAAUCCGUCCAGGCGCGGAAGUUAACACCCAAGAAGUCUCCUGUAGAGCUGGACAUUGUGGUCAUGGAUGACGAUGGGAGACAGCAUAGUCACGAGAAACGUGUCUCUCGACCGGAUGUUGUCGUCAAUGCCGCUACUGGUCCAUCGCGGCAGACUCAAACGCAACCGCCGCGUCUACCUGGCCCCGUCCUUGUAGCGGACGAGAAUAGUGAUAAGCCUGCGGUAGUAUCUCUUUCCAAGAACUCGCCACGGAGGUCGCGACUUUACGUUCUUGCCAACCCUUCGGGCGGCUCGUCGGGCAAACGGAGCACGGUCACCGUGCCCAAACCCAGACCAACCGCUGCACCGCCACGCUCUUCCGUUGUGUCCCUUCGCUCGGUCAAUGUCAAAUCUUCCGCUCAAGCCCCUGUCAACGUUCAGCACUCUGUACCGGCGCUCCUUACACAACCUCCCGCCGCAGGUCCCUCGCGCCGUGCAUUACUGCGACCAAUACGCCCCAGUGAACCUAUCAUCGUCAUCUCCGAUAGUGAGGAGGAAGAGGAAGAGAUUGUGCGACCCCCCGCUCGUUCAUCCCGGAAACUGCGGAUCGAAUCAGACGAAUCCGGUAGCGAUGAGGCUCCUCCCCAACUACGAGCUCAUCAGCUCGCCUCCCCAUCGACGACGUCUAGUACCAGACGCUCAAUGGAGGUCGCAUCUGCCCGAGACUCGUUGCGCCUUUCUUCUGCAACGACGGAUCCCGCAACUUCGGCGUCUCGCCUAUCCACAUAUAUUCCGCCUUCUCGACCGGUCUUCGUCAAUCGUGCUUUACCCCCGUCUCCGCCCGCUCAUACCCGCAAAACACGUCCACUCAGCCCUGUCCUCCGUGGCCAACACCCGCGGCCCCCAGGACCUUCGUCUCCAUCAUCCACCGAUGGAUUUGAUGACUCCUUCGACCUCGAGACCGAGCUGCAGCGCUUGGAGAUCGGCUCAUCUUCUACCACCCCCGAGCCAGCGAGCACCUUCGAUGCCUGUUUGCAACCUUUACUCGCUGAAUGCGAUCAACCGGAGCCCUUCGAGUUCUCUUCCUUCAUCAGCACUUUCCCAUUCGACCCCGUGGUUGCUGGACGCGGCGCCGACAUAGGCUUUCAGAAGAUCGGGGAAGCGUCGUACUCGGAAGUCUUCGGCAUCGGAGACGUGGUGUUGAAGGUGGUGCCAUUGCGCUCGGAGGCAACAGGGCAGAUAUAUCAGGCCCAGGGUGUGGAGACCCCGCCCCCGAGCGAGCCAGGUGACGUACUCAAGGAGAUUCUGGUCACACGUACGAUGGGAAAUAUAGCGCAAGGCUUCGUCAAGCUCUUGCGCACGUAUGUUGUGCGCGGCAAAUAUCCUUCACUACUUCUUGACCUCUGGGACGACUACAAUGGAUCCAAGGGCUCGGAGAGCAUUCGUCCAGAUAUGUUCACAGCGUCCCAGACCUACGCCAUCAUUGUGCUUCCGAACGGCGGCCCCGAUCUCGAGACCUACAUAUUCGAGCAUCCGAUGAAGACAGCAUGGCGGCAAGCAAGCAGUAUCUUCUGGCAAGUAGCCCGCGCGCUCGCGAGUGCCGAGGACCUCGUUUCCUUCGAGCAUCGUGAUUUGCAUUGGGGCCAAAUUCUCGUUCGCGACAUAUCAAAGAAGGCGCCUUCCAAGCGGCGUGUCAUGGAUGAUCCCAAUUACGGAGUGCAGGCAACAGUCAUCGAUCUCGGUCUCGCUCGCAUGAGCGGACAUGAUGGAGCGACUGAGCCUACGUGGACGCCAUUCGACGAAGAAAUCUUCGAGGGCGAGGGCGACUACCAAUUUGACAUUUACCGUCUUAUGCGUGCUCAUCAUGGGCGCGACUGGAGCUGCUUCCGGCCAUUAACAAAUGUGAUGUGGCUGCAUUACUUGACUCGCAAGCUGCUCAAGUCGAAAGGCUUGCGUGCGCCGCCCAUCCGCAAGUCAACGUCGACAUUCGAGUCGUCAUCCGAGUUCUCUGAACGUGACUGCUACGAGGCACUGGCCGAGGUUGACGAGCUAUUGGGCCGAACGCUGGAAGUGCUCAAGAAGCCAUCACGCAAAGGACGGAGGAUGACGCAGGCGGCCGCGAAGGUCGCAGAUAUUUCUGACGUGCGGGAUGCACAGGGCGUUCUCGCGUUCGGGAUGAAGAGAGGUUGGAUUCGUGCGUAG